AGAGCCCAGAAUUUUUACGCUUAAACAAAAAACAAACCAACGUGCUUGUCGGGUGUCGUUCACCAACCACCAACUUCAACCAAAAGAACCUUUCGGGUUCUUUUGGAUUUGCAGCCUGCAAGAAGUGCUCCUUUUCCAGAAGUGUAAUUAAUCAUGGAAACCAGAUUCUUCGCCAACGGUUCCUGUAGGAGAGCGGACAGUGUUUGUCCGAGGAGGAGGAGGCCGAGGAGCAAAAAUACGCACAGUCAUCCUCAGAGGCAAGGUCUUCUUUGGCCAGCUCAGGGCGGCCGAGUUUGAGGUUUGAUUCCCUCAGGUUGGGAUAAAACUAACGAGGAAUCUUCACGGACGACUUCAAGUUGUGUCCUCAACUUGCUUGCCGAGGACAGAGUUUCUUUUUAAUGGCUGAAGCUCAGGGUUCUUUCAGCCCUGAAGUUGAAUGUUGUACCAGUCGACGAAGGAGGCGUCGGUGCAGCUGGUGUUCGGCUUUGACCCUGCUCUCAUGUGCACCGUCGGCAGAGCAUCAACCCUUGCAAAACAAAGCCAUCUUCCUGUUCCUGCUCUGAGUCGCCAUCAUGGUGCUCAACUUCGUUCGCCUUCAGACCCACGAGCUACGCCAUGAGCGUCCGAAGAGCUGCUGUGCAACCAUUUGCACUCGUCCUGUCUGUCCAGCAGUGGCUAAGUUGUCCAACAUGCUGCCUCUAACCUCACCAGCUGCUGAGACAAGUGUGCGACAAACUGACCCUGGUCACAGAGGUCAAGAUCAGUGGCCCUGACCAUAUGUGCAUUGAGCCAUGCAAGGAGAAUUACCUCAAAAAGGCCCUCGAGGCUCUUCUCCUUGGCUUCAUCUGCCACAACACAGGUUCAAAUCAAUCUUUGUUUCAAAUUUGCUGUUGAAAGUUCCAUUAAAUUAUAAAUUUUGUAAUUGUGUUCAUACAUGUUGAUAACUUUGUCUCCAAAUAAGCCACGUCUGGAGCGCUCUUGUUCUGCUUUGUGCGUCAUUGUCAUCUCGCUGCUUUCUUUAUUGGUUUUUUAUUGUAUUGUGGCCGCCCCGUCCCUGAGGGGUCGCAGAGACGGAGGAGGUCGCACAACUUCUGCCCGAUGGCAGGGUAAUCCGCUAGUGAUGCCGGAGAUGUCCGAACCCGAUGUCGACACACCUCCCUCUCACUGCUCCCCCGCACCCUCGGUAAGACGAUUUCCUGCGGGACAGCAACCUCCCCAGGUCAAUCCUUCCGUCCGAGUUCCAGGCCUCCCAGGGGAAAGUCCCACCAGUGGGCAGCUUUUCCUGGAGGCCCUCGGCCAGAAGUUUCCCUCGAGUUGUGCUGAAUGCUGGCUAGCGCCGAUGGUCAAGAUUCCCUCUGAAGGGCAGACCCUAUGGUCUGUGCCUUCUUUUGGUCCAGCCCAAUGGCUGAUACCAAAGUGUACAAAAUGGGAAAUCAAAACUAACUUGGUGGUCUUGGUAUGCUUUAUCCAACUAUUUACUCCUUGGUCUGAAAUAUAAACAUGGCUUCAAUUAAUUAAACAAUUCAUAACUCUUUUCCUUUCUUUAUUUCGUACUCCCUCUAUGGAGCCCAAGACUCACCGAGGUGCUCCGCCUCCCACCCACCUGGUGUACCAACAUGUGUCGGACACACCUGUGUGGUCGGCGCAGUAUCACAAAUGAACCUGAGAAAAGAACAGUCACUUGAAAAGCAUCAGGUCAUUUUGCAGGCUUUGAGGAAGUUGUGAGGUCUCGACCAACUCGGCGAUGCAGUCACCAAGGCCCUGGCCCUCUUUUCGACACUUGAACAGCCUUUUCCUGACGGCCCACAAACUAAGAGCUUCAAGUGCUUGUACUUUGCCUCGGACUAGAAACAAAUUCAACAUUCUCAGCAUGUGAAUUAUCUUUCAAGGUGAUUUUACUGACCGUUUUCUCCCUCUCCUUCCAGUAUUUCCUCGGCUUUGCUCAAAAUUUUCUCGUCCAAGUCAUUGUGCAGAAUCUUGUCAGGUCGAAGAGUGCAGUCGGGGCCAAGAAUGAUUU